CUUUCCUGCCUUGAGUAUGCAUUACCUCCCAAAUGACAUCAGAGAUGUCUGCUGGGGAGUGUGCAAGAAUGUGCAUGAGAGACUGGGAGAUGUCUUUGUGCAUGUGUGUGUAAAGUGCAUGUGAGUGAGUAUGAGUGUGAGUGUGGAGAAGGUGAGAGUGAAUUGUGAUCUGUGAAAGUAUGUGCAGAGUGUAUGAAUGUACGUAAGUGAGUAGGGUGUAAGUGUGCAGGGGACAGAGCAAUCAGAGUGGGUGGAAGUGUAAGAUAGAGUCUAAGACCAUGAGCACUAAGUGUGGGUAUAACAAUGAGCCCAGGUAGGAACCCCUUGUCAAAGGUCUUGUGAGUUCUCAUUCACAAAAAUUCCCCAUCUCUCCCUGUCUCUUUGUCUAUCUCUCUCCCGGUGGAUACCUUGAUUUAUCCUUUUAUUUUUCUGCAUCUUUUUGAGUCUCUCCUCUCAGUCUCAGUGCCUUUCUCUCUUCCUCUCUCAUUAGGUGGUUAUAUCUCAGUCAACCUUUAACUAUGUCAUUGCCUCUCUCUCUCCAUACACACACACAUAGACACACACACACUCCUCUAUAUAGAUAUAUAGAUACAUUUCUGUUUUUCUGUCUUUUUGUCUCAUUCUCAUCUCUGUCUUCCUACCCCAUCCCAUGCUCUCUCUCACACACCAGGAGCCCAAUAAGUAUUUGUUCUCAGUUCCCUUUGACUACAUCUCUUUCCUUUAUUUCUCCUGAUUGUUGCAUCUUUGGAUUUUAUAACCAUAUGCUGGUUGACCUGCCCUCCCCACCCCAGUGUGUUCAUACACACUCACAUAGGAUAAGCUUUUUCUGCCUGCUUAUCUCCUGCAGGAAUUGAUCUCCUCUGCCAUGACGCUCUUUCUGGUCCUCCUCCAGGAACAAAAUGAGGCAUCUGGCCUGAGCCCCGACAGCUCCAUCUCUGAUGCUCCCUCUAAUCUUUCUUCUUCUCUCCCAUUAUUGACUCCUUGCACUCCAUCUUCCACUUUAGUUGUUUUCCUUCUCUGGAUGCUCCUGGGACUUCAGGCUCUCUUCUUUCCAUGCCUGUGGCCCCAAAGAGCCAGGAAAGGAAAGUGAUAUCAGGUGUCCAGAAAAAGAGUCUUACUACCUGACUUCCUCCCCAAGCCUCGGGAGUGCUGGCUCCAAGCUCACCUUAUUUCAAAAUCCAGGUGUUGGAUCCACAAAAGAGAAGCCAGGAGUUCAGGUACCCAGGCCAUGAAUUCUAGGCAGACAAGGACCCACCCCUCUCAGACUCAGGAGGCCAGGCCUGCAGCCCCUUCUUCCAAAAUUCCCAAGAAUUCAGGUCUCCAUUACCUCCUCCCCAGCCGCUUCUCCCCCCCCCACCCCCCGCCCUCCCGUCAAACUAAGGGCAGAUGUUCACUGUUGAUUUUCAAAUCCUCCUUCUGGGCCUGUGUGGGGGGUUGAAAGAGAGAUUGGUGCUUAAAUCCACUGACUCUAAGACUUAAGACCAGAUCUUCUGACCCCCCUGUCAAACUCUCCCAACUGCAUCCUGCUGCAGGCAGAGAACCUAGUUGAGCCCCCAGGUCCUCGGAAAUUCGGAGCUUCUCAGUCAGCAGAGAUGUGAAUCCCUAGUCUUAGAAUCCUGGAAGUCCAAGUCGCUGCCACUUAGGGAGGAACGCAAGAAUCUGCUUUCAGGAACAAUAGGAAACCUGAGUGAGGAUCCCAGUCCCAGAGGGCUCAGGUAUGUCAGACCCACAGUCGCCCCUCAGCCUGCUCGAGGACCUGCCCACCUGCCGGAGCAGCUGCACAGGGUAUCCGCGGGCAUGUAGCGUGGGAACGCCUCAGCUGGGCCGCAUGUAGCAGUCAGGACAAGCUGCGAGGUUCCCAGACCCCCGGCCUGACCAGCCCCGGCACCGCCGCCUCCCAGCUGUCGCCCGGCAACCACAGCCAAGUGGGGCGAGGGACUGAGCUUUUACUGCGGGGUCUAGGGAAAGGAGGGGGUGGGGGGCCUGGAUUCCUGGAUCUUAGGACUUGCUAUGGUUUGCUGCUGUAACUAGGAAUGCAGGGGGAUAUGUUGAGGAGGUGUUUUGAGAGGGAAGGGCAGAACCCUCCUGUUGGGGGUCCCAGCUGCCCCAACCCAGGCACCCCGGCGCCCUCUUCCUGACCCCCAGGCUCUGAGGAGCCCCAGGCCCCGCCUCUCCCAGGCGCGGAAACUAGCAAGGCCCCAGGGGUUCCCAUUUAUAGCUAGGUUUCCACUCAGCGCGGUCCCUCCAGGACUUGGGCUGAGCAAGUUUCUUCCACUCCCUCCUUUUCAACCCCGUAGCCCCGCAACCCUGGCAGGGUGCAGGUAUCCAACCCAGCCUAGACCCCUUCCUUCGAUCCAGGUGUUCCGGCUCCCAGAUCCCAGUUGGGCUGGGGCUCCAGCCCAAGGGGAGAACUCCGCCCUACUUUCUCGGAUUCGUUUUGGCCUCGACCCUGGGGCUUUCUUCCUGUAAAGGGGGCGGGUCGCGGGGGCACAAGGAGCGCCGGGGCGGGGCGAAUGGGAUCCGACCCUCCUAGUCUCUCAGAGACUGAGCGCACGGACCUCGCCGGCGCUUCAGAAUUCGAGCCAGCGGCCGAGCAGACUUAGGAACUCCAGGCCAGGGACAGAGGGGAGGUCCUAGCUUGGGGUGAAGAGUCGGUUGCGAAGGGGUUUCCAGGCCGGAGUGGCUGGAGGUGUGCUUUCGAGGAAGCAGUUGGCGGGGAAGUCAGUGCGACAGCAAGUCAACUGGAUCUUGGGGGACACACAGUCAGGAUGCUGGUUCCCGCCCUCUUCGUCCUCUUCUUCUGCUUCAGAGGGCGUGCAGGCCUGUCGCCCCACUUCCUGCAACAGCCAGAGGACUUGGUGGUACUGCUAGGGGAUGAGGCCCGGUUGCCCUGUGUCCUGGGCACAUACUCGGGGCUGGUUCAAUGGACUAAGGAUGGGCUGGCUCUAGGGGGUGAAAGGGACCUGCCAGGGUGGUCUAGGUACUGGAUAUCAGGGAAUGCAGCCAGCGGCCAGCACGACCUCCACAUUAGGCCUGUGGAGCUAGAGGAUCAAGCAUCAUAUGAAUGUCAGGCGACACAGGCAGGCCUCCGCUCUCGACCAGCCCAACUGCAUGUGCUGGUGCCCCCAGAAGCCCCUCAUGUGUUGGGAGGCCCCUCCGUGUCUCUGGUUGCUGGGGUUCCUGCAAAUCUGACCUGUCGGAGCCAUGGGGAUGCCCACCCCACCCCUGAGCUGCUGUGGUUUCGAGAUGGGGUCCAGCUGGAUGGGGCCACCUUCAAACAGACCCUACUGAAGGAAGGGACAACUGGGUCAGUGGAGAGCAUCUUAUCCUUGACCCCUUCCAGCCAUGAUGAAGGAGCCACCUUGGUCUGCCGGGCCCGAAGCCAGGCCCUGCCUGCAGGAAAGGACACAGCUAUCACACUGAGCCUGCAAUAUCCCCCAGUGGUGACUCUGUCUGCAGAACCACAGACUGUGCAGGAGGGAGAGAAGGUUACUUUCCUAUGCCAGGCCAGGGCUCAGCCUCCUGUCACGGGCUAUCGGUGGGCAAAGGGGGGUUCCCCAGUGCUGGGGGCCCAAGGGCCAAUGUUGGAGGUGGUGGCAGAUGCUUCAUUCCUAACUGUGCCAGUGUCAUGUGAAGUCAGCAACACUGUGGGUAGCGCCAACCGCAGCACCGCACUGGAUGUACAGUUUGGGCCUAUUCUGCUGGCAAAGCCGGAGUCCACGUCUGUAGACCUGGGGGAAGAUGCUUUGUUUAGCUGUUCUUGGCGUGGGAACCCGCUCCCACGGGUAACCUGGACCCACCGUGGGGGCACACAGGUACUGGGCUCCGGGCCCACACUACGUAUUCCUUCGGUGGGGCUGGAGGAUGCAGGCGACUACGUGUGCAGGGCUGAGCCAGGGCUCUCAGGUCUAGGGGGCGGCGUUGCAGAGGCUAGGCUGACUGUGAACGCUCCCCCUAUAGUGACCGCCUUGCACUCAGCACCAGCCUUCCUGAGGGGUUCUGCUCGCCUCCGGUGUCUAGUCUUCGCCUCCCCUGCCCCAGAAGCCGUGGUUUGGUCUUGGGAUGAGGGCUUCCUGGAGAACGGGUCACAGGGUCGGUUCCUGGUGGAGACGUUUCCAGCCCCAGAGGGCCGAGUUGGACAGGGUCCAGGCCUGAUCUCUGUGCUACACAUUUCGGGAACUCAGGAGUCUGACUUUAGCAAGGGCUUCAACUGCAGUGCCCAUAACCGGUUGGGUGAGGGAAGUACCCUGGUCACCCUGAGCCGUAGAGACUUGCCACUGCCUACUAUGCAGAUUGUGACUGGAGUGGCCUCCUUGGCCAUGACUCUCCUUAUGGUCAUCACUGGUGUGGCCCUCUGCUGCUGGUGCCAAGGCAAGGCCUCUUUCUUCAAGCAAAAGAACCUGGUGCAAAUCCCAGGCAGCAGCCAUGGUUCCAGUUUGCAGGGCCCUGAGGAAGAGGGGACAGGCAGCAGUGAGGACCAGGGCCCCAUCAUGCACACAGACCACACUGACCUGGUUCUGGAUGAAGAGGGGGCUUUGGAGACCAAGGACCCAACCAACAGUUACUACAAGGUCCAAAGAGUCAGUGUGAGCCUGAGCCUUGGUAAAGCCCCUGGAGGAGGCCUCUUCCUGCCACCACCCUCCCCCCUUGGACCUUUGGGUACACCUCCUUUCUAUGACUUCAGUUCACACCUGGACAUGCCUCCCCCCUGCAGACUGUAUAGAGCCCAGGCAGGUUAUCUCACCACACCCCAUUCUCAAGCUUUUACCAGCUACAUCAAACCCACAUCCUUUGGACCCCCAGAUCUGGCUCCCGGGUCUCCUCCUUUCCCAUAUGCUGCCUUCCCCACACCUAGCCACUUACGUCUCCAGACUCAUGUGUAACAUCUCUCCAAUUGAAAUUUUGGGAUAUUCAACUUGCCAUAAUUAAUUGUCCUGAUUUCUGAAGAACCAGAACAAAUUAGUGACCUUACUCCUCCAGAACUAAACAUUGAGGGGAGGGAAGAUCAUUACUAUUGCCUGGGUCAUUGAUGACAGUUUGCUCAGCCAAAGGGGAUGCCCCAAAUGGGGCAAGAUGGCCACUAUGUCCAUCUAGUCCCCUGUGUAAAAGAGAUUCAAGAUGCCAAAUGGCCCCUUUAAAGAGGAAUAGAAGCAACAAACAACAAAUGCUGGAGAGGUUGUGGGGAAAAGGGGUCCUUAGUUCACUGUUGGUGGGAUUGCAGACUGGUACAACCAUUAUGGAAAACAGUAUGAAAUGUUCUCAGAAAAAUAAAAAUCGACCUGCCUUUUGACCCAGCAAUUCCACUGCUAGGAUUAUAUCCUAAGAAUCCUAAAACAUCAAUUUCAAAGAACCUAUGCACCACAAUGUUCAUAGCGGCACAAUUUACAAUAGCCAAGAGUUGGAAGCAACCUAGGUGCCCAUCAGUAAAUGAAUGGAUUGAAAAAUUGUGAUACAUAUACACAAUGGAAUUCUAUGCAGCAGAGAGAAAGAAGGAGCUCCUACCCUUUGCAACAACAUGGAUGGAACUGAAAAGCAUUAUGCUGAGUGAAAUAGGCCAGGUGUUGAAAGACAAAUACCAUAUUAUCUCACCUUUAACAGGAAGCUAAACAACAAAACAAACAAGCAAGCAGAAAAAAACAAAGACACUGAAAUAGAGAACAAGGGGACAGUGACCAGAGGGGAGAGGGAAGGGAAUUU